AUAUAAUAUAUCAUCAUAAAAAAGUGAUAGUUCUUCAUACAAUUUUCUUUUAGAAAAAAUGGUCAUUAGUGGUCAGUUGUCACCCUUUUCAACCAAUCAAAACCAAAAAUCACUCAUAUAACCAAUUUUCAAAAAUUCUCUACUAGCCUCACCAUGUCAUGUGUGGCAACUACUGAUUGGACUGAUACAUUUGUUUUGUUCAGAUUUUUAUACUCCAUCAUCACUGAAAUUCAGUAAAAAGUUGUCAAAUCUUCAAUUUUUGAAAAUAACAUCACAUUAUUUGCAUUUUUUCAAGUUUCUAAAAGAUAAGAUAGUUAGAUAGAAACCAAAACAAAUAAUUGAACUAUUUUAUUCUAUAUUGGGUAAUUCAAUUAGGAGUAAUACCAUUUAACAGUUACUUCUGCAUUGAAUCACACCAUAUAUUAAUUUGAUGAAAGUCUUGAUCCUUUUACUUCACCCUUGGGAAAUUUGUGCCAUUUUUUUUCUAGUGAUUUUCAAAGAUUUGAUCUUUUUAGCUUCAUUAUUGGGAAAUUUGUACCUUUUUUGCUAGUGGGUAUGAAAAAUUGAUCCUUUAAACUUCAAUCUUGGGAAAUUCGGCCAAUUUUCCUUGUGGGUAUGAAAGAUUUGAUCUUUUUUACUUCAUUCUUGCAUAGUGGGUAAUAAAGAUUUGAUCUUUUUAUUUCAUUCUUGGAAAGUUGUCCAAUUUUUUCUAUUGGGUAUUAAAGAUUUGAUCUUUUUAACUUCAUUCUUGAAAAUUUUAUGCCAUUUUUUCUAGUGGGUAUUAUUCAAUUUAAAGAAAAACAAUGGAAGGAGAAGAGAUAAGAGAAAGUGGUGGGAGUUUAAGGUGGGUAGGAAGUGGACCUUCAAAGUGGGUUGAUGGAAGUGAAGUUAGUUCAGAGGAGAUACCAUUUUGGUCAAAAGCAGAGGAAGAUGAAUUUAGAAAUAGAUAUGGGUCUUCUUCUGGUUCUAGUCAUAUCAAGAGAAGACUUGUCAAGAAGCCUAAAAGGGUUGAUUCUUUUGAUGUUGAAGCUAUGGAGAUUGCUGGUGCCCAUCAUCAUCAUACAAAGGAACUUUCGACAUGGCGUACACUUGCAUUGGCAUUCCAAACUCUUGGUGUGGUGUAUGGCGACCUUGGCACGAGUCCUUUAUAUGUCUUCACUGAUGUAUUUAGCAAGGUCCCUAUAACAUCCGAAGUUGAUAUUCUGGGGGCACUGUCUGUAAUCUUGUAUACUAUAACUCUUGUACCUUUAGCGAAAUAUGUGUUUGUAGUGCUUAAAGCUAAUGAUAAUGGCGAAGGAGGGACUUUCGCGCUGUAUUCCCUUAUAACAAGGUAUGCUAAUGUGAGUGUACUUCCAAAUCGCCAACAAGCUGAUCAGCAGAUCUCGAGUUAUAGGCUUAAACUACCUACUCCGGAACUUGAAAGGGCUUUGAACAUUAAAGAGGUUUUGGAAAGGAAAUCCUUCAUGAAAACCCUUCUUCUAUUGUUGGUUCUUACUGGAACUUCAUUGAUUAUAGGGGAUGGUAUCUUGACUCCCGCUAUGUCAGUCAUGUCAGCUGUGAGUGGUUUACAGGGUGAGAUUAACGAAUUUGGUACAAAUGCUGUAGUCGUUGUAUCGAUGAUUAUAUUGAUAGGAUUAUUCAGCAUACAGCGGUUUGGAACCAGCAAAGUCGGCUUUUUGUUUGCGCCUGCCCUGUCGUUGUGGUUCUUUUCUUUGGCAUCUAUCGGAAUCUAUAACCUUAUCAGACAUGAUAUUACAGUCCUGCGGGCUCUUAAUCCGGCUUAUAUUUACUUUUUCUUUCGUAAGAAUGGAAUACAAGCAUGGUCUGCGCUUGGCGGUUGUGUUUUGUGCAUCACAGGGGCAGAAGCCAUGUUUGCUGAUCUAGGCCAUUUUUCUGUACGAUCCAUUCAGAUUGCGUUUACAUUUGUUGUGUUCCCCUGCCUUCUGCUAGCUUACAUGGGCCAAGCUGCAUUCCUGAUGAGAUUUCCCGCCUCAGCUGAACGAGUAUUCUAUGAUAGUGUUCCAGGCGGACUCUUCUGGCCAAUAUUUGUGAUUGCUACACUAGCUGCCGUGAUUGCCAGUCAAGCCAUGAUCUCCGCAACAUUUUCGGUCAUAAAGCAAGCCAUGGCCUUGGGAUGUUUUCCGAGGCUGAAAGUAAUUCAUACUUCCAAGAGGCUGAUGGGUCAGAUUUAUAUCCCAAUCAUCAACUGGUUUCUAAUGGUAAUGUGCCUUAUUGUGGUUGCAACUUUUAGAAGCACCACCGAUAUUGCAAAUGCAUACGGCAUUGCUGAAGUUGGAGUAAUGCUAGUGAGUACCGCCUUGGUGACACUCGUGAUGCUCUUGAUAUGGCAAACUAAUAUAUUCCUCGCUCUCUCUUUUCCCGUCAUAUUUGGGACAAUCGAGCUCAUUUACUUGUCAGCAGUCCUAUCGAAAAUCAUGGAAGGAGGUUGGCUUCCUUUAGUGUUUGCUGCCUGUUUUUUACUCGUAAUGGAGACUUGGAACUAUGGAAGUGUUCUCAAGUAUCAAUGUGAAGUUCGAGAUAAAAUUUCCAUCGAUAUUAUUCACGAUCUUGGAUCGUCUCUUGGAACUGUACGAGUCCCUGGAAUCGGAUUAGUCUACAAUGAACUCGUUAAUGGAAUUCCAUCGAUUUUAGGCCAGUUUAUUCUAAGCCUUCCAGCUAUUCACUCGACUAUUAUCUUUGUAUGUAUUAAGUAUGUUCCGGUUCCUGUUGUACCCCAAGAAGAACGAUUUCUGUUUCGAAGAAUUUGCCCUAAAGACUACCAUAUGUUUCGUUGCAUUGCUCGUUAUGGUUACAAAGAUGUUCGUAAGGAAGAUCACCAUUCGUUCGAGCAACUUUUGGUCGUAAGUCUUAAAAAUUUCCUCAAAAAUGAAGCUCAAGAUCUUGCUCUCGAGUCUGAUAUGCUCGAACUUGAUAUCGUUAGUGCUUCGGUGAGGUCAAGAGAUGAUGCAGAAGUCUCAGAUGAACUGAGGACUCCACUGAUGCAUGAUCAACGAUUUGUGGAACCAGCACGACUGAGAUUAGAAGAAAACGAAGAGCUGCCAUCGAGUGCUAUGUCAUCGGAGGAUGAUCCUAGCUUAGAGUACGAAUUGUCAGCUCUCCGAGAGGCUGUAGAUUCGGGCUUUACAUAUCUUCUAGGAGACGGAGAUGUUCGUGCUAAGAAAGAGUCAUGGUUCCUAAAGAAGUUGGUGAUCAAUUACUUCUAUGCCUUCUUAAGGAGGAAUUGUAGGAGAGGUGCUGCUGUUUUGAGAGUUCCUCACAUGAAUAUCAUAGAAGUUGGAAUGACUUAUAUGGUUUGAUAGUAAGAUUAGGAUAUCAUUUAUGAUACUCAAAUGUUUUAAUGACUCAUUUUCGCACUGGUUAAUUGAGUCGGAUUUAUUGUAAAUGUCAGCAUAUAAUCGGGAAAACAUGAAGUGCACACAAUUUAUAA